AUGUCGGAACCUAAUUCGGGACAUGCUAAUGCUAAGUGGGACAAUGCUACUCAUCUCCUCUUUUUAGAGUUAUGUGAAAAGGAGAUUAGAAAAGUAAAUAGGCCAAAUAGUUAUUUAGCAAAAAAUGAAAAGAAAAAUAUGAUUGAUGAGUUCAGUAAAAUGACGGAACGAAACUAUACCAAACUACAAAUAAAAAAUCAUUGGGACUACAUAAAGAAGGAAUGGUCUCUUUUCAAGCAAUUGAUUAGAGGAGAGACGGGUUUAGGAUGGGACCUCACGAAAAAAAUAAUUAUAGCAGAUGAUAAUUGGUGGGAGCAAAAAAUUAAGUUUCAUUAUGAUGCAUUAUUUGCUGAUAUUGUUGCUACGGAAGAAGAAGCACGUGCAACAAAUCAAGAACAAAUGUCUAAAAUCGGAAUAGAUCUCGAUGAAGAUGGAUUAAAUAGUAUUGAUGGUUAUAACAAGGAGCAGUUUAUUAAUUCUAAUGGUGAAAAGAGUGAUGAAAGUGAUGAUAUGCAGAAUGUAGAUUUUGUUAUGUUUUCUGAACCUUCACUAAAAAGGUCAAAAUCUAUGAGUGAUGUUGAUGGUGGCAGUCAAGUGAAAAGAACAAGACAAAGUCUGCAUCCUCGUUAA